AGAUGAAGAUAUUCCAUCUCGCGGGUAAGCACCGAUGACUGCCCCAGAGUCAAAGGGGCUACAUCCACCGGGAGCAGAACGCCCUCAGCAACCAUAAAGGUGCUUCCCGGAGCUCUUUUGAAGCCUCGUGCGUGAUUCGAGCCCCGGAAAGACUUUCGACACCGACGUCCAACCAGGCGGGGCCCUCAGCCUCGAAUCCAAGGCGAUGCACACGGACCGCGCUCCGCUUCUGGACGAAGUCGAGCCGCUCGACGGCGAGGGAACUGAAGCGGGCCUCCAGCAGCCUUCGUCCCCGGCCCCACAACAGGCGUCUCCGGUGGCCAGUGUGAGUGCAGACGCUGCAGCCGCCCAGGUCGGAGAUGACGUGGCUGAUUCCGGAUCCACGCACGACAGUCAAGGUGGCGGAAGUGGCGCGGAGAACGCGUUUCGGCACGCUCCGAGCCCCUCUUCUCGAUCGGUGGCUCCUCUCAUAGAAGCAGAAGGUGACCUAGCAUCUCCGAGGGGCCGUCCACAAGACCUGCGUAGGCGAGUUUCGCACAUCUUCUCCAUCUCGCGGUACUCGCCGACGCUCCUGCUCAUCACGCUGCUCAACCUGACCGUGCUGCUCCUGCUGCUGCUCUUCUGGCGCCAGAAGAUCGUCCACCACUCGUCGAAGAUAAUUUGAAUUACUGCAUUCGA